AUGUUCCAAAGCUCUGCGCCCGAGAAGAGAAAGCCUGGUCCCAGUCAGCACCGCGCAGUCAUCUCCGCUCCCUACGACCCCACGCAUGGCUGCCCCCGCGCGCCUAGGCUCAUGGCUCCGGGUGCGUGCGUGCGAUGGUCCCCUCUCUCUGGCUCCUCUCUCCGGGCUCCUCUGGCUCCUCUCUCCGGGCUCCUCUGGGUCUCUCCGGGUCUCUCUGGCUGCUUCUUUUUUCCCUCUUUCUCCGGCGCGCUCCCAUUCGCUGGAGAGCUGGCUGUGCCCCGAACACGUGACGUCACCCGUUACACACUUCGCUACUUUGUGUCUCUGCGGGUCCCCGGUUCUUUCAUGUUUUCCUUUGACUCCGUGCGCUCACUAAUCAUCAACGCUGUGGAAAUGAAACGUAGUUAA